AUGUUUCACAAUUUAGUCCAUAUUGAACUCACCUACUUUCAUUAUACUAUGAAUUGGCUUCAUGUGAUAGAGAUGCUCAACCAUUGCCCCAAGCUUCAAAUUCUUGAUAUUGAUCAGGAUUUCAGCUUCGUUGAUGAUUAUGAAGAGAUAGAUUGGCGAUACCCACAUUCUGAUGUUCCUGAAUGCAUUUCAUUACAUCUUAAAACAUGCACGCUUAAUAAUUACAAAGGCUCGAAAAGGGAAGUUCGAUUUGUAAGAUAUGUGAUGCGAAAUGCAAGGCAGAUGGGAAUUGAUUAG